AUGUCUCGUAUCGGCUCAAGUGCAGCGAUGGCUGGUCCAGUGGAGAAAAGCAAACGAAUUACAACACCAUAUUUGACAAAAUAUGAACGAGCACGGGUCCUUGGUGCGCGAGCUUUACAAUUGUCUAUGUCCGCCCCGGUCAUGGUUGAAUUGGACGGAGAACGUGAUCCACUCAAGAUUGCGGAAAAGGAGCUUCGCGCAAAUAAAAUUCCGAUUAUCAUCCGGAGAUAUUUACCGGACGGCAGUUUUGAAGACUGGAGCCUUGACGAGCUGAUUCUUACCGAAUAA